AUCGUUCAGGGGCGGGGGGGUUGUCAGCCAAAUUCAGCACGUAGGAGUCUCAAAGGGUCCUAAAUUACCGUUACAAACAACAAAAACACCUCACCCAAACCAAACCAAUACAGUUAAGGGGAUGUUUGACUUUCUUUACGCUUUUAAAUUUUCACAGACCACCUGAACUUGCUCAGAAGGCACCGAUUCCAAGGAGAACUUGUGAAUACCUAACCCGUCUUCAUAGCAAACUAGUUUAAAUGUGGUUUGGAAAAGGGGCCACUGGAAUAUUUCUUUCUAGGUGUAAAAUUACUCAUAGCCGAUGAAUUGGACUUAAAGUGUAAUUUAUUCAAGCUAAAGUUCUAUAUAGUUUGGCCUCAAUAUAAUAGUAUUUUCCGAAAUUUCUUAAUCAAUGUUCAAGGUUGAAAUUUAAAUAUAUAAAUCUGUGUUAUUGUUAAUAUUGAGCUGGAUGUUAUCUGUAACAUUUUUAUCCUUAUGUUUUCCUUCUAGACAGGAUAUAAUUAUCUGUCAUAAUACUCCAAUUAUGUAGAUCAUCCCACCAAGUUCAGCUCAAGGAACUGGCCUGCUCUGGGUCACACAAGUGUCAGCCCUAACACAAGGGAGAAGAUACAUUGACAGCAACUCCAAUUUAGAUUAUUUUAAGCCAAGCUGGAUCUUUAAGAGAAAUCCCGCUACUUUCCACAUGGAAACUUCAGGCAAAAAAGGUUGCUGACAGUUGAAGACUUCCUCUCAAAGCUGUUUAAAUGAGAAUGUCCCUGGCGCAAAGAGUACUACUGACAUGGCUUUUUACAUUACUCUUCCUGAUCAUGCUGGUGCUAAAGUUGGAUGAGAAAGCACCGUGGAACUGGUUCCUCAUUUUUAUUCCAGUCUGGAUAUUUGAUACUAUCCUUCUAGUUAUGUUAAUUGUAAAAAUGGCUGGACGCUGCAAGUCAGGCUUCGACCCUCGGAACGGCUCCCAGAACAUGAAGAAGAAGGCCUGGUACCUUGUGGCCAUGCUGCUCAAGUUGGCCUUCUGCCUCGCCCUCUGCGCCAAGCUGCAGCGCUUCACAGCCAUGAAACUGGCCUAUGUGUUCAUCCCACUGUGGGCCUUGCUGAUUGGGGGUAUGGUUGAACUUGGAUAUAACAUCUUCUACGUACGGAGAGACUAAGCUGUGCUGUGUGGCUUUCAGUGCUGACAUGGGUACCAAAUUACUGGAUUGUUAUGGUUUUGCCACAAACUUGAUCUCCAGAUUAGAACAUCAAAUAAG